AUGGCGCCAAUCCAAAGGGCCAUCAUCAUCGGUGGAGGGCCAGCUGGUCUCGCUGCAGCUAUCCGUUUGAAGACGCACAAUGGUAUUGACACAGUGGUAUAUGAGAUUCGACCUGAACCAACCACCUUGGGCGGUGCCGUCAACAUACCAUCCAAUGGUCUUCGCCUUUUUGACCGUCUGGGUCUCUACGACAAACUUGUCUCUCUUGCGUCUUCUGCUUCACAGCUCAUCGUUCAUUCUCGCCAAGGCACAGUCCUCGCGGAUCUCGAUCUCGCAGGAUGGAGCCGCGACCAAGUCGGCUACGGCUUCAUGCGUGUGUUGAGAAGAGACCUGAUCGAGGUGCUGCUCGAAGAAACAACAAAACAAAAUGUCCCCGUCAUCUUUGGCAAAUCAGUGACCAAAAUCGUCGAAACCGAGAGUCAAGCUACUGUCACCUUUGCCGACGGAACAACCGACACAGCUGAUUUACUUCUGGGCUGCGAUGGCAUCCACUCGGCUGUUCGCAGCUUACAUGUCAGCCCCAACGCUGCCCCAGAGUACACCGGCAUCGCCAACAUGUUCACCAUCCUGCCAGUAUCUGAGCUCUCAGAGGCAAACCGCGAGCUGGCCCCAGCUCUGCACGCCACUCUGACCAGACAAGGUCUGUUUGGCGUCAUGCCUUGUACCGCGUCCGGAAGUCAUCUGUAUUGGUUCUACUCUCGACAAGUCCCUCUCCCAAGCGGCGACAGCAGGGAAGGGUGGGAGACUUACAACAAGCAGCAGGUCGCGGGCUUCAAGGAGAACCUGGAAAGUGUAUUCGCCGACGCUACCGGCCACUGGUCGGACCAGUUGCGGGAAAUGGUACAAAAGACAGACACUAUCAAGUUCUACCCACUGUACAAAAUGCCUCCGGAUAUCAAGUGGUUCACCAAGCGCUCUCUGAUCUUGGGUGAUGCAGCCCACGCAAUGCAACCUCACGCAGGCCAGGGCACCUCGAUGGCGCUGGAGGACGUAUUCCUGCUGUCACGGCUGCUGGAACAGCCCAGCCGACCCCUACCAGAAGUGUUUGAGAAGUAUCAGGCCAUCCGCCGGCCUCGAGUCGAAGCUAUCGCAAACGCGUCGGCUUCCAAUGGAGAGAUCCGAAAGGACACUGGGCCCAUCGCGCUCAAAGUCAAGGAAUUCACCUUUUGGGGCUUGUUCUCGAUGUACAAGAUGGUGGGCCUACAGAAGUGGGGGAUCGGUAUGAACCAAAAGGAUACCGUCUACGAUAUCAUGGCGGAGCCGAUAUGA